CUGAUUAUUAUUAUUAUAUUUAUAAACAACACUUUAACAGUUAACACUUACAAGGCGAACUCGGCGAACUAAUACUUUUAAAAUGGGUGAACGAAAAGGGGUAAAUAAAUAUUAUCCUCCCGACUAUGACCCAAGAGUCGGGGGUCUCAACAAAUUUUUGGGGACCCAUGCCCUAAGAGAACGGGCUCGCAAGAUCGACAAAGGUAUUAUUAUUAUACGUUUUGAAAUGCCAUAUAAUAUAUGGUGCGAUGGUUGUAAGAAUCACAUAGGAAUGGGUGUAAGGUACAAUGCAGAAAAAACUAAAGUUGGGAUGUAUUACACUACUCCUGUGUAUGAAUUCAAAAUGAAGUGUCAUCUAUGUGAUAAUCACUUUGUAAUUAGAGCCGAUCCAGCAAAUCUAGACUAUGUUAUUCAAUCAGGAGCUAGAAGACAGGAAAAUCGUUGGGACCCAACAACAAAUGAACAAGUUGUACCUGAAACCAAAGAAACUCAAAAAAGACUAUUUGAUGACUCUAUGUUUAAGCUUGAGCAUGGUAGUGAAGAUAAGACUACUGCAGAAAGUGUAAAACCUGGGCUUGUAAAACUGUUUAAUAGGAAUGAAGAUGUUUGGGCAGAUUCUUACUCUGCUAAUCAGAUGCUUAGAGCACAAUUCAGGAAAGCCAAUUAUGAAGCAAAACAAAAAGUAACACACGAUCAAGUUCUUCUAAAAAAAUCGAGCCUGGACAUUCCUCUUUUGCCUGAAAGAGAAGAGGACAAAAAAGUGGCAUCUCUUUUGAGCAUGAAACUAAAACCAUCAAAGAGUAUAGAUGAAAAUAUGGAAACUAUAAGAAAAGAAAUCAUAUCACAAUCAUCUCUGCCUACAUCAAACUUUUCGAGAAUUAAAGAGGAUAAAGCCAUGAAAAUUUUAAAUCAAAGUAAAAAAGAUUUGGGAAUAAUCAAGAAAAGAAGUAAUAAGAGUGAAACUGAGGAGAAAGAUGAACCAAAAAAGGCAAAAACAUCGUUAGUUGGAGAUUAUGGAUCAACAAGUGAAUCAGAAUGAAGAUACUAUGGCAGUCCAAUAAGACCACUAUCGCACUGACCCUAUGACGCCACUAUCGCAAGAGAAAUUGACUAUUAUGUGGCACACUCUUGGACAGGUAAUAUCAAAAUUUCGGUCAAAUCUGGACUCAGUAGUUUUGUUUUGAUCGCAUCCGAAAGUGGGCUAUCUGCAGAUUUUAGAAUCAAGAUCUAAUGUUCAAAUGAGUGAGAUUUGCACCAAUAAACAAACUGCGAAUUAUCAAGUAUCUCAAGCAGACAAAUAAAUCCUGGUGAAGCAAGAUCUGGUGAAAUUUCUGAACCUUUUUCUGACUUCAUCAGAAAUACCUAGUAUGUAUUUUUCUCAUAUUU